ACAGGGCCCUACCCCUGCUGUGGGAAUGUUUAGGAACAGAGAGCCUUGGGGGUGCCUGGUCCUAAGGAAAUAUCUCCCUCAGGACUCAGUAGCUCCCCAGGGCAACCCUGACAAGUCUGAGGCAGAGGAUGCCAAAGGCAAACAUGGAUAGGGAGCAUCUGGCAGCACACAUGAAACAGACACAUGGCAGGGCUUCCUCAGCUUCCCUGGGUAGGGAUGCAGAUGCACGGAGAGGCCACUGGGAGCAAACAGCACAGCAGGACCCAGCAAGGCCAUCAGUGUGCAUUGAGUACAACCUCGGCAGCAUGCCAGGGGGGCACAAGCAGAAGGGGACUGUUGUAAAGCAGGUUGUUGUAUCCUUCAAGAGGAAGCCUCCAGAGGAACUGUGCAAGAGCUGCCAGACCCACACCAGGUACAGACAGGCUCCACUCCGGAGAGCCACCCUGCCACAGCAGCAGGAUGACUUGGAGGACAGGGAGCUCCAGCAGCCAGAGAACGAGGGACAGUGCUUCUCCCGGAGGCAGUCAGGGGGGCUCUCUGGCAGACCUGGGCAGGUGAGUGCCAAGGAGGGAAUGAGGCAGCCUAAGACAGGACGAGACAGGAGCAUGAGCCUCCCAUGGACCACACCACAGCAGCCACAAGUGGUAUUUGUGAAGUUUAAGAUGGGCACCAUGAGCAAGAAGGAGGUGCUGGAGCAUCUGGAAGCUCAUGCUUCCACCAGUGAGGCAGUGGCCUUAGCCGAGGAGGAAGAGUGGGAAGAGGGUAUAGACAAAAUGCUGUCCCAGGAGGAGAAGUGGGAAGAUGUAAUCAGCAGACAACUGGACCUGAAACUAAGCAUAAGUGAAGCAACAGCAGCAGGAAUACCUGCAGGACUUACCUACAGAUCCCCUCCCUCCACAGUCAUUGAUGCCCUGGCUCACCAGAGGCGGACAUCCUUCUUCCAGAGCACACCAAGGGCUCUGCACAGGGCCUCCACUGCCACAUACAGUAUAGGAGAGCAGAAGAAGCACCACCCAGGAGACUGCACACCAGCUCUGCUGGACACAGCCCAGUACAUCAGGGGUGAGGUCGUGCGCAAGGCUGUAACUGUGAUCCAGGAAUCCAGUGAGCAGACAGAAGGGCAACAGUACCUGGAAGACAGCAUAGAUGUGUCACUGUCCACACAAGCAGGGGCAGAGAACCAGACAUCUGCCCCCCAAAGCCCCACAGACAAUGGUCUACUGGACACGGCCCAGUACAUCAGGGGUGAGGUCAUACGCAAGGCUGUAACUGUGAUCCGGGAACACAGUGAGCAGAUAGAAGAGCAACAGGACCUGGAAGACAGCAUGGAUGUGUCAUUGGCCACACCAGCAGGGGCAGACAACCAGAUACCUGCCCCCCAAAGCCCCACAGAUGAUGCUCUGCUGGACACAGCCAAGUACAUCAGGGGUGAGAUCAUGCGCAAGGCUAUAAUUGUGUCCCAGGAACUCAGUGAGCAGACAGAAGAGCAACAGGACCUGGAACAAAGUACAGAUGAGGUGACAAAAGCCACAGCCACAACAGAAGGGACAGAGAGCCCAGCAGACGAUGCCCCGCACAGGCCUACAGGUGAUGCCCCUGUUCUGCUGGACACAGCUCAGUACCUCAGGACUGAGGUCGUGCGCAAGGCUGUAAUCAUGACCCAGGAAUCUGUUCUGCAGCUGGAAGAACAGUGGAACCGGGAAGGAAGCAUGGGUGAGGUAAUGGUAGCAACAACCACAACAGCAAAAGGGGCAGAGAGCCCAGCAUUUGUCCCACACCACCCCACACCUGAUGCUCCAAUGCUGUUGGACUCAUCCCAGUACAUCAGUGAAGUCCUGGGCAAGGCUCCACUAUUGGUCCAGAGUCCUGAACAGCAGCCAGAAGAAGAGCAGCACCUGGAACAAGGCACAGAUGAGGUGAUUAGAGCAACAGACACAGUAGCAGGGGCAGAGAACCCAGAACAUGCCCUGCACAGCCCCACAGACAAUGUCCCCAUUCUGCUGGACGCAGACCAGUACACCAGGGCAAAAGUCCUGGGCAAGGGUGUAACUGUGAUCCAGGGAACCAGCCAACAGCCAGAAGAACUGAGGGACCUGGAACAAGGCACAGAAGAGGUGAUGAGAGCAACAGCCACAGCAGCAGAGGUAGAGAUUCUGGCAGAUACCUUGAACAGCCCCACGAGCAGUGCUCCAGCUCUAUUGGACACAGCCCAGGACAUCAGGGCUGAGGUCCUGGGCAAGGCUGCUCCAUUGAACCAGAGCUCCAAACAGCAUCCAGAAGAACAGCAGAAACUGGAAAAACGUACAAAUAACAUGGUGAGAGCAACAGCCACAGCAGCAGGGACUGCUCCAACGGCCAGAAGAACAGCUGGACCAGAAAGGAAGUACGGACGAGGCACCGGAAGGACCAACCUCAUCAGCAGGGCCAGAGAGCCCAGCAAACGUCCCCCAAAGCCCCACAGCUGA